AUGUAUACAAUGGCUCCUAUCCUUAAUAUCUGCCGGCUAGCCCUACUAGUUAGUUGCCUGUUUACUGUCUCUUUGGCCGGUAGCAUUCAUCGCCGUGAUGCCGUCCCCGCUGGAUUCGUUGCCAAACCAUACUACCCAACGCCGCAUGGCGGGUGGACUCCGGACUGGAGCGAGAGCUAUGAGAAGGCGAAGGCCCUAGUCGAGUCUAUGACGCUGGCUGAGAAGACAAACAUCACAGCUGGUACAGGUCUGUUCAUGGACGCAUGUGUUGGCAAUACGGGCGGUGCGCCUCGGGUAGGCUUUCCUCAACUUUGCCUCCAGGACUCCGCGCUUGGUGUGCGGUCUACAGAUAAUGUGACUGCAUUCCCCGCUGGCAUCACCACUGGUGCGACUUGGGAUAAGUCUUUGAUGUAUGAAAGGGCUGUUGCGAUGGGCAAAGAGUUCAGGGGGAAGGGUGCGAACAUCUACUUGGGUCCAACUGUCGGGCCCCUGGGCAGAAAACCCCGUGGUGGCAGAAAUUGGGAGGGAUUCGGAGCCGACCCAGUUCUGCAAGGCGUUGGAGGCUCUAUUACUGUCAAGGGAGUUCAGGAGCAGGGUGUCAUUGCAACGAUCAAGCACCUGGUUGGCAACGAGCAAGAGAUGUGGCGAAUGUAUAACAUUCUCCAACCGGCCUACAGCGCUAACAUUGGUACCUAA